AUGAUAUGUUACUUUACACUUUCUGGUCAUUUUUACUGUUAUGUUGCUUGUACUAAACUACUAUGCUUUCAUAUUACUUUUCUAUUUUCGCAGCAUUGAUAUGUCUGUAAAGACAAAAGGGCCAUUCUCCAAAAAGGGGCACCAAAGGAAAUUUUUGUGUCUCCAACCUUCUCUAGGCUAUAAACCAUAAUUUAAUUCAUCAGGAAACCAAUUUUUUUACUUUUAUUUAUACUACAGAAUAUGUUGAGUAAAAUUAAAAUCAAUUGAGGUCACACCACCUCAUGAAAAAUUCAUAUACGACAGCACAAAAUAUAUAUAUGCUCAUUUUACCCAUGUCUCCAGCGAACUGUGUGAUUAUAUUUCAUGCUCCCGCUCUUUACCGUAAUAUCAGAACUUUAUGUUUUGUCCACUAAUUUAUAGUGCCUUCGGUGCCUAAAUAAAAAAGCAUAUUGCUUAGCGGAAAAACUUUUGUAUAUUUUUUCCUGCGGUCUUAACGAAGGUGUCUCCAAAUCGGGAUAAGAUACGUUACUUUUUGUAUGACGCCCUAAAUAGAACAAAGACAAUAAUGCAAUGAUCUGUAUUUCGGUGUAUUUCGGUGUAGUGAAUGAAGUCCAUUUCAAGACUAUAUAAAUACAAAUAGUGUACCGUAUACUGAAUCUCUAUAAUAAUGAAUAUAUUUAGACACAAAGUUUUCAACUGUGUAUGUUACGAUAAGGUAAAAUAAGAUACGUUACUGAGACUUUGCUCUAUUACAGAAAAAUAACUUGGUUAACAAAGUUAUAAUGUAUUUUGUUUUAAAGCACUCUACAUUGCUUGGGAGUUACGAAAGAAAAGGUUGUUAUUUUGUGAAAACACAAGGUUGACCCUAAAGGCCGUCAAAUACGUUACCGCAUUGCGCGUUGAUAGACACAACGCGCUAUUCACGCGCAUUCUCUAAUUUUGCACACGCUUUUAGCACUUCUCCACCCUUCAAAGCAUGGCGGACACGUUGAGCGUUACGUGCUGAGAGUCUGAGGGAGAUGUAAGGCUUCUCGCCGUUUGUUAUUCAUCCCAGCUACGUGGUUGAGAAAAAAAAGACAUGGGUAAAACGCUUGCUGAGAUCCAGAAGGCCUACAGAGAGAGAAAGAAAAAGAGUGACCCCAUGUUUCUAGCGAAGGAGCGGAGAAGACGAAUCAAUUAUCGCGUUCCUGUUUCUGACCAAAAGACGUCGGCUCUGAAAAAAAUCCGGAAGAAGAAUCGAAUGUACCAACGCAAAUUCAGACAGAGGAAAAGGGAUAAUGAAAACCCGCCGGGAAAUGGGACAUCUCCGUCUUCCAAAACCGCCGUUCUUGCCAAAAGACGAAAUUCGUGUUCAUCGACAUCGCCACUGCUAGUUCAGUUUUCCUUUCCUCAAAAAAACAGCACGAAAGAGGUCAAAAGCUCUGAGAAGUGCCAACAACAAGAUCAAAGAGCUCGAAACCAAAAACAAAAGGCUAAAUAAAGAAGAGAAAAAAGUACAAAAGCGAAUCCAGAGGCUUGAUAAGAAGCGCAAGAGAUCAUCUCCUCGUCGUUUGUCAGCAGAUAUGAUCCCCAAAAGUAAGACGUCGGCUGAACUACAAGAAGCAGGUUUCGAUCUGCAGGAUUUGCCGCCAUCAGUGCAUAAGAAGUUGCUUUUUGCCAAUGUCCUGACACAUCAUUUAUCAGUGAAGCAAAAACAUGGUUCUGCCCAACAGAACAGAGUUUGAGGGUUACUAUAUCCGGUAAAGUUAUCAAGAAAUACAAAUGUGCUAGACUUAUGAACCGGCAAACUGGAAUCGACCGAAGAGCCCAUGUCAAGACUUGGUAUCUGCGAUCAAGACAGAUAUCUGAGCUUCAGAAAAGGAUCAUCUCUUUCUAUGAAAGAGACGACGUAAGUCGCUGCAUGCCAGGGAAGCGAGAUGCAACCAAGGCUGGAUCUCAGAAGCUUCAGAAUCGGGUGCUAACUGAUUACCACCAAAAUACGCAUGCAAAGUUUUGUUCCGACAAUCCCGAUGUUCAAGUUUCACUUUCAAAGUUUUGUAUGUUCAGACCGUCACAUGUUAAACUUACAUCUCUUCUUUCCAGAGCAACGUGUCUGUGCACAAGCCAUCAGAACAUGGCUUUUAAACUCAAGGCCUUGAGUAAUUUGGGUAUAGAUAUUUCGUUGAAUCCUGAGACAGCUGCCAAGAUUGUCAACGCUGAUGAAAUGAAACACCUUCUCUCCCAAGUAGAUACUGAAGAGGUAGAUUUUGAGGCAUGGAUAAAGGUUGAAGUCAACGGAAUGAAGAAAAUGAGAAUCGACAACGUAAAGAAAAGCCUUGCUGAUUUCAUCACACUAAUGCAAAAUGAAUACAUCUCAUUUCUUGAGCACGUUGGCAGGGUGCGAGCCCAAUACAAGGCCAUUUUCGAGCUAAAGGAUAGGUUGCCACAAAGCGAAGCAAUAGUCCAAAUGGAUUUUGCCGAGAAAUUUGUGUGUCAGAGUGCCCAAGAGAAACAGAGCGCAUACUGGAAUUCAACGAGCACAACACUACAUCCAACUGUGACAUACUACAGAGAUGAAGAUGGGAAACUGCAACACAAAAGCAUUGUUUUUGUUUCGGAGCUUGGUGAUCACAAUUCGAAGGCGGUGAUGGCUCAACAAACUUGUCCCAAUCCUCAAGACGCACAUUCCUGAUUUGCGAAAGAUCCACUACUGGACUGAUAGUCCAUCCUCACAGUAUCGGAAUCGGUUCAUCUUCAGUACUCUCUGCCAACACAACAACUUAUUUGGUGUAAAAGCGAGCUGGGACUACUUUGAGUGUGGUCAUGGCAAAAGUGUUUGCGAUGGCACUGGCGGGACAGCAAAGAGACAAGCUUCUGAUGCUGUGAAGCAAGGCAAGGCUGUCAUACAAGAUGUUACUGAUUUCUUUGCGUGGGCAUCUUCUCAUGAGAAAGAAAUCACGUACGUUAUGUACUCAAAGGAGGACUACGACAGAGCGACGGAGCAGCUUUAUUCCAUUUAUUACCAACAUAUUCCUGGAACAAUGAAAAUCCAUUCUGUGCAUCCAAUAAGUCAAACAAAGAUGCUUGUGAGACACACUUCCUGCUACUGCGAGAACUGCGUAAAGGGACAAGAUAGGUGUGACGGAUGGAUGAAUCGAACACUAAAGCCUAAACGAGCAAAUCCCAGUGAUGCUGCAGUCGUAAAAGCCGUUGUGAAGGCCGUGGAGACAGUUGAGGCCGUGAAGACCGUUGAAGCCGCGGAGACAGUUGAGGCCGUGAAGACCGUUGAAGCCGCGGAGACAGUUGAGGCCGUGAAGACUGUUGAAGCCGCGGAGUCAGUUGAGGCUGUGAAGACCGUUGAAGCCGCGGAGACAGUUGAGGCUGUAGAGAUUAAUCAUACACCAGUUUUACCAGCUGUUGAUGAGUAUGUGGCUGCCGUAUACUCGGUUCAGUGGUACUUGGGAAAAGUCUUAGAAGUGGAUCUCAAAGACCGUGAUGCCAAGAUAACAUUCAUGACUCGCAUGACAUCAAAGAAGGUCUCAACCCUCAUGACCUUUAAGUGGCCAGAUCCGGCAGAUAAAAUCUGGAUUCCAUUCGAUGAUAUACUCACAACAGCUCAGCCAACAGGGCUUGGAAAGUCAGAGAGAAAAUCUGAGUUAACCAUCGAACAGUUCACACUAAUCGAAGAUUUGGCCAAAAAAUAUAAAGAAGCACAAAUUAAAAGGAUCUAUAUUAGAAUUUGAAGGUGACAAAUAUUUGGACAGCAUUACUUGUAUUUAUGCACAUAUCCUCCCAUUUUUUGAACAAUUUACGAAGAAAAGGAAUCAUUUCCCUGUGAUGCAAGAAUGAUGAAAAUGGCAUAUUUUAAUAAAAAGGAAAAUAAUGACAUUAUUAUUUUUUUUUCGGAAAACAUUUCUUUUUUUUAUGAGCAAGUUAAUGAUGUAAUUCCCUUACAAUUUUUCUCCACAUUUAAUUUACAGAAAUCCUUUAAAAAAAUCAAUUUCAAAUAUGAUACAGUAAAGUUUUCCUUUUCAUCUAACCCCAAAUUAACACAAAAUGAAUGAGAGAUGCUAUUUGUUCUGACAUAUCUUAAAGGGGUAUGGUUGCCUCUAUGCUGGCAAAAACAAUCCAAAAUGUCAUUUAAACGUGACAAAUUAUGAGGGGAUGACAUUAACAACUUGCUCAUUAGAAUGUUUUCUAAAAAUGUGAAAUUUUGAAAUAUAAUAUUUUUCUUACUUGUUGUCGGUUGUUAUCCGGUUUGUAUUUUCCUUCCUUCUUAAAUCAUGCUAAUCAUUUUUUUACCCGGAUUUUCGCUUUAAUACUUGCCACAUUAUGUACAAGCGGCAACAUAAUGUUAAUUGUCAACUGAUACGUGGAAGGAGAAUAUUUCGAUUCCGUAGUCUAGUUGUUUUGUCUUGGCUCUCUCUCUGAAUGUUCAAACUAGCACAUCAAUGAUGUGGAGCUCAUCCGGCAUCUCGCAACAAAAUUUAACACAAUUUUAAUUUCAGCCCAGUUGACACUGUAGUGAAUUAUAUUGGUGACAUAGAUUGAGGCUAUAGAAUUGAAAUUGAUGAAGAAAUGACAUAGAAGCAUUUUUUGUGAUCUAUGAAUAAAUUUCAUAUAAGUUAAGCAUAAAUAAUUUUCUCGUCAAAAUUUCUUAACUCUGUGUAGAACCUUGGUGAACCUCAUGUAGCUCUCAGAUGGAACAAAAAUAAUCAAAAUCAAUCAACAAAACAAUAAGUAUUUUUUGUGAGCUUUGAAAAUAUAUGAAUAAAUUAGCAUAUUAAUAAUGAGUUUCAAAAUUCUGUGUUGAAAUUUUGUAUCACUACCUCGAGCCAUCAUAUAAAGCAAACAAAAUUGAAAUUGAUCAACAAAUGAAGAAAAAACAUUUUUUGUGAUUUAUGAAUAAAUGUUGCAUAAAUUAGCAUAAAUAAUUUUCUAGACAAAAUUUUGUGUACAAGUUUGGUGAACCUCAAUGCAGCUCUACCAGAUUGAAGUAAAAAAUCAAAAUCGGUCAACAAAUAAAGAAGAGGCAUUUUCUGUGAUUUAUGAAUAAAUUUCGCAUAAAUUAGCAUAGACAAUUUUCUACUGAAAAUUUCCAAAUUCUGUGUAGAAGUUUGGUGAACCUCAUGAAGUUCUACCAGAUAGAAGCAAAAAAUUCAAAA